GUCAGUGGCCAGACGGGAAGUGCUGUGUGCUGAGCAGCGAUGGAGGCGGCGGGAGAGAGAGCAUUGCCUCCAAGGGAGUCUGAAAAAGACAGCCCUCAUGUGGAAGACACCAUGGGGCUUUCAGGCAGUGCAGAGAGGGGUGAUGCUGCUGUUGAGGUGUCUGCGGAUGGUGCAUCAGGAACCCUGACUCAGGAGGUGGUGACGGUGGCAGUGGCAGGGGACCCUGAAAAAGAAAACCAAAGCUUCUCACCUGCAGGCCGAGGACUUUCAGGCCAUGCUUCCAAGUCUCUCCCAGCACCGCCUUCCUUGACCUCUUCACCAAUCUCCAGCAGGGCCAAAAUGUCCCUGACCGGAGCUGCUAAGAUGCCACACACACAACAGAGCCUGGCCAUGAGAUUGCUGAAUAUGAACAGGGAGGGAAUGGACAAAGUGCACCGCGCCAGAAAGACCAUGCCACGGGCAGGCAAUGUGCUGGGGGAUGGAAGGCAUUUGGCCGAUGGAGAGAAGCAGGCCCAGAAGAAAGACUCUGAGGUGGAGAGGAGGGAGAGCCCAGAUUCUACACAGAAGAGGACCACCUCUACUCAGAGCUCUGAUACUCCAGCCAAUAAAUCUAAGGAAGCCGAGGAACCUUCAACAGCUCCAGGAUCAUCCCGGGACCAAGAUGGAGCUGAAGACUGGGAGCCAGACGUCGGAGCAGAGUUCAGCCUGUAUUAUGACAGUCUGUCCUUAGAGGAACAAGGGGACAGUGACAGCAAGGAAGAAGAGGAGGAGGAAGAAGAGGACGGUUCUGGUAACCAAUCAGAGAGAAGUUCGAGCAGUCUGAAAAAGAAAAGUAAGAAAAAAUGGAAGAUGGACAAGGCUUGGCUCAAACCAACGAGGAAAAGGAAGAGGAGGGACCGAGAGAAACCUGGCACAGGUGAGGAAGGGCAGAGCCUGGAUGGAAGGGGGAAUGGGAAAAACUGUGAGUACACAGAGGUGCCUCUGGGAUCCUUGGAUCUGCCCAGCGAGGGGGCUUUGUCUCCCAACCACACAGGUGUGUGUAAUGAAUCGAGCUCCAUGGACACCGAGCGUUUUGAGGAACUGCCUUUGUGCAGCUGCCGUAUGGAAGCUCCCAGUGUGGAGAGGGUGUGCGAGCAAGCCAAUAAUAUGUGUAUGGCUACUGAGAGUGUAGAUGGAGAGCUGAGCGGUUGCAAUGCUCCCAUUACUAAGCGGGAGACGAUGCGUCCAUCAAGUAGGGUCCCUCUUAUGGUGCUCUGUGAGAACCACCGUGCCCGCAUGGUCAAACAUCACUGCUGCCCAGGCUGUGGCUAUUUCUGCACCAGUGGAACGUUCUUGGAGUGCCAUCCUGAUUUCAGGAUAAAUCAUCGCUUUCACAGGGCCUGUGUCUCUCCUUUGAAUGGAGUUAUCUUUUGCCCACACUGUGGAGAAGAUGCCACAGAAGCGGAACAAAUUACCAUAGCAAAGGCGGACACACCGCUUCUGGUACCUGCACCACCACCGCCCGAUGGCGGUGCCCCUGGAAGGGCUGACACUACACAGCCCAGCGCCCGUAUGAGUGGCAUGGGGGAUGGCAAACGUUCAAUUGUAGAGGACCAUGCUAUGAUCAAUGGGGAGAAUCCAGGGCCUUCUAUCGUCCUUCCAUCAGGAGUGACUCUCAGCGCCACAGGUUUGCCGCCUGGUCCUGCAUAUGACGCCCUGCAAAAAGCCUUGGCAUCCCAGGAGACAGACAAAGAUCGCAGGAAGAAGAUCCGCUACAACUCUCGGCAGCUCUACCUGAGUGUGAAAGCUGGUGAGCUCCAGAAAGUGCUGCUUAUGCUAAUGGAUAACCAAGAUUCCAGUUUCCUGAAUGACCAGCAGUUGAAGAGGAGCCCUCUGCACGCUGCAGCACAGCGGGGUAGUAUGGAGCUCUGUCAUGUUCUUAUUCAGGCUGGUGCCAACAUAAAUGCCACGGACAAAGUCCUGCGCACCCCUCUUCUUGAAGCCAUCGUGAACAAUCAUACUGAGCUUGCCAAAUAUCUGUCUCAGGCUGGAGGAUGUGUUUACCACAAGGAAGAAGAUGGCUCUACCAGUCUUCAUCACGCAGCCAAGAGUGGUAAUCGGGAAUUGUUGAGCUUCCUUCUGUCCACAGGCCAAGUUAAUGUGAAUGCUCAGGAUAAUGGUGGUUGGACACCUAUCAUCUGGGCAGCAGAACACAAACAUAUCGAAAUCAUCAGUAUGUUGCUGACACGGGGAGCAGAUGUUACCUUGCAGGACAAUGUGAGUAUAUACCUUUCUGUUAGCGAGAAAAACAUCUGCUUGCACUGGGCAUCUUUUACCGGCAGUGCCGAAAUCGCCGAGGUUCUCCUCAAUGCUCAAUGUGACUUGCAUGCUGUUAACUUCCAUGGAGACACGCCCUUGCAUAUUGCAUCCCGGGAAGGCUUCAUCCACUGCGUCAACCUCUUCCUGUCUCGUGGUGCCGACACAGAAGUGCGUAACAAUGAAGGUGACACACCAUGUGACCUUACACUGGAGCACACCGAUGUCUGGUAUGCCUUGCAGCUCAACCGCAAGAUCCGGCAAGGGAUCCACAACAGAGCUGUGCGCACAGAAAGGAUUAUCAGCAGGGAUAUUGCACACGGAUAUGAAAAUUUCCCGAUUCCUUGCGUGAAUUGCGUGGAUGAGGAGCUCGCUCCAGAGGACUAUAAAUAUGUAUCUGAGAACUGCGAGACAUCAGCCAUGAGCAUCGACCGCAAUAUCACCCACCUCCAGAACUGCAGCUGCCAGGAUGACUGUUCAUCUAGUAACUGCCUGUGUGGACAACUGAGCAUCCGCUGCUGGUAUGAUAAGGAUGGCCGUCUCCUUCAGGAAUUUAACAAGAUUGAACCUCCGCUCAUCUUUGAAUGUAACCAGGCCUGUGCCUGCUGGCAAACAUGUAAAAACAGAGUGGUACAGAGUGGCAUUAAGGUCCGGCUCCAGUUAUACCGUACAGCGAAGAUGGGUUGGGGAGUGAGAGCUCUGCAGGACAUUCCACAAGGAAGUUUCAUCUGCGAAUAUGUAGGAGAGUUGAUCUCGGACGCAGAAGCAGAUGUUCGAGAAGACGAUUCCUAUCUGUUUGAUCUGGACAAUAAGGACGGAGAAGUAUACUGUAUAGACGCUAGGUACUAUGGGAACGUCAGCCGUUUCAUUAACCAUCUGUGUGAGCCCAACCUCAUCCCAGUCAGAGUCUUCAUGUCCCACCAGGACUUGCGGUUUCCUCGUAUUGCCUUCUUCAGUGGAAAGGACAUCAGGGCAGGAGAGGAACUUGGGUUUGACUAUGGCGACCGUUUCUGGGACAUUAAGAGCAAAUACUUUACAUGUCAGUGUGGCUCUGAGCGGUGUAAACACUCAGCCGAAGCGAUCGCUCUGGAGCAGAGCCGCCUGGCCCGAUUGGAGGUUCCUGACACAAUGCCGGUGUCCGUUCCCCCCCAGACCACCUGAUCCCAUUAGACUCUAAUCUGGCCUUCACUUUCACAGACGACAUCAUUGUUUUAUGACCCUUGUAAGGGACCUGUUUUGGUGUCACGCCGUUCAUCCGCUUCCUGCCAUGACCCCCUCAUCUGACCGUCUCCUAACAAUUGUCCAAGUAGCAGUCUUACAGACCAUCGGUCUAUUAACCAUUCUCUUGCCACAUCAUUGUCUUGUAAAUCGUCCAGUCUCAUUAAUAAAAAUAAAGAUUGUGACUUUUUUAU